AUGAAGCAAAUGAUGGAGAUUGAAUUCACAAAGCAUUGUGUAGCCAUUAGUUUGAUGAUGAUUCUAACUUGUUCAACUACAGCAGUAUCAUCACCUCAUGUGACCGCGAUGUUUGCCUUUGGCGACUCACUGACUGAUCCCGGCAACAACAACUACUUGAGCUCAUUGGCGAAGGCCAACUACGUCCCUUAUGGAGUCGAUUUCUGGACGCCUUCCGGAAGAUUCUGCAAUGGCAAGACUUUUGUAGAUUAUAUUGGACAGUUGUUGGGGCUUCCUAUUCUGCUGCCUUACACAAGUCCUUUUGCAACCGGAACGAAUGUUGUUCGAGGAGUGAACUAUGCAUCAGCUGCAGGAGGGAUUCUUGAAGACACGGGGCGACAUCUUGGUGAGAGAUUCAGCUUGUCUGCACAAGUUGUCAACUUCGAGAGCACGUUGAGUGAGCUGCGAAGCCAAAUGGGAGACGAAGAAAUCGUCAAUUAUUUGGCUAAGGCAAUAGUUGUGAUGUCUCUAGGCAGCAAUGACUAUAUAAAUAACUAUAUGCUGCCUUCAUUCUAUUCAAGCAGCUACAUCUACGCUCCUAAAGACUUCGCGGAUCUUCUCAUUAAUAGCUACACAAGGCAGAUUUUGGCGCUGCGCAGCUUAGGCCUCCGGAAAUUUCUGCUGGGAGGCGUUGGACCCCUCGGAUGCAUCCCUAAUCAGCUGGCUGGGGGCACUGCUUCAACAGGAAAGUGCGUUGCUUAUGCAAACAACGUAGCAGCCAUCUUCAACGAGAGACUGAAGUCUCUCGUUGAUGAUCUAAACACCAAGUAUAAUAAUAAUGAUAGUAGAACUAUAUUUGCCUAUGGUAAUACAUUAGGAGCAACUCUUGACAUUCUCAACAAUGCCAACACUUAUGGAUUUAAUGUGACAGACAGAGGGUGUUGUGGGAUAGGGAGAAACCGGGGACAGAUAACGUGCCUCCCGUUCUCUGUCCCUUGCGACAACAGAAAGGAGCAUAUUUUCUGGGACGCCUUUCAUCCAACAGAAGCGGUGAAUCGGAUUCUGGCUCAACGCGCGUAUUCCGGCUCCCCCUCCGAUUGCCAUCCACUCAAUAUACAGCAGAUGGCUCUUAUCUAACAAACUUUUUAAAUUAACAUACCAUCAUAGUAAUAUGCAUCUUAAAUAUAUCUGUGAGUUUGAAUAAAGUCUUCUGUAAUUCUGUUGUGGGAUAUCUGCUUAUAUAAAUAAAGAUAUAGUAGUACUAAAAUGGACUAAACAAUACACAUACAACUCAAUGUUUUUUCAGAAAAAUUGAUGAUCAUAGCCAGGGGCGGAGGGAGGGUGGGGCCAGGGGGCCCAUGGUCCCCCCACUAAUUCUUAAAAAACUUAGGGGUAUUUUAGUAAUUUCACAAUAAUUAUAAUUUAUAAUAAAUAUAA